AUGGGGUCCUUCUAUGAGCGUUUGGUGCAUUUCACCUUCCAAGCUGGAACUUGUUGCUUGGGCAUCGGGCUCAUAGGCCUUGGAGCCUCCAGCAUGGCGUCCCCAGUCUUUGCUGCGCAGACCUAUGGCUUGCCAAGCUCAGAGCCUCUGGCGCUGAAAUGGGUCAAAGUGGCUGGGCUCCGCGAUUUGAGUCUGGGACUGGCCACCCUGGCCCUCUUCGUUUUUCAGCCGUCCUCAUUGCGAGUCUUCGCACCCAGCGCCAUGCUGGUGGCCAUGGGUGAUGCCGUGGCUUCGAGCAAGCCAUCGGGGUAUGAUGAGGUCGAAGCGGAGACCUUUGGAGGGGCCGGAGGUUUUGAGGAACAACCUGAGACGAGCCAGGUCUGGUCUCAGGGUGGAUCGACAUGGAGGAGCGCAUCGGAGGCUCCGUGGGUACGAGCUGGAGAGGGUGGACGGUAUGCCGAGCAGUUCGAGCUGACCUCCAAUGCCUCAUCAGACUCAUGGUGGCGUGGUGGCAACUGGUCUUGGGAUUCAUGGGAUGGAUCUUCGGGUGAGAGCAGGGCCAACUGGGUCUACGUGAGUCAGCGUGGGUCAAGAGGACAUUGGGGUCAGUCUGAUCCUUGGCAUAGAUGGCAUGCUGAAGAAUCUGAAGAACUUCCGCGUGGCCAUGCGGGACAAGAUGGAGGUGCUGCGGUUCAAGGAGACAGCGGACGACAAGUUCUUCAACCUUCGGCAGAUUCAGAAGGUGACGAUCCUUGCCGAGAUGAUUUACCAUCGGGCAAAAUCCUGAGUGUGCAGGAGAAAAGUGAUCGAGAUGAGGAGAAGCGCACUCAAGGCAAGGUGUCGAGUAGCUACCCUCCUGUGUUCAAAGCCAAGCAGGGGGAAAGCUACCGGGACUGGAAAAGGGCUGUGAAAUUUUGGUUGAAGGGUGAGGGCCAACAAUUACCCUACAACCUAGUGGGGCCUCGAGUCAUGGUUCAAUUGCGUGAGAGAGCUGCCCAGCUGGUGAAGCAUUUGGAACCUGAAGAUGUUGAUGGACGCAAUGGCUUGGAGCUCAUCUUCAAGACUCUUGAGCAGAGCCCUUUGGUGAAGCAAAGUGAGAAGCACAGGGUAGACUGGCACCGCAAGAGACUCCUCAAUCUGAAUAGACUGCCAGGAGAAAGUUUGGAGAGCUACAUCACGCGGGCUGGGAUCUACCGUGGACAGCUUGAGGGCUUGGAUGAGGCCUUGAGCAUGGGAGAAAGGUUUUUCAUAGAUCACCUACUAGACCAUGCCAGGCUGACCAAGCGAGACAAGGCCAUGAUCAAAACACAUGCAGGUGAUGAAACCGAGGCAUCCAUCACCGGCGCCAUGAUGGAAUUAUCCAGUGAGCUGGAAGGCGAGGCUGGCUUCCCCAUUGGCCAGUCGGAGAGCCAACUUGGCGGAGCUCAAGGAGAGGAACAUCUCAUCCAACGUGGCUUUGUGGGAAUGCGCUUCAACAAGAAGGACAAGCAGGCUUUGGCUGCUGAGGUCUACGAUGAUGCGGAGACGCAAGUGUCCAUGGAGGGCAUUCCAGAGGAACCCAAUGGUGACGAUAGCAUGGAUGAUUUGGAGAACAUGCCCAGCGACGUUUUACAUGCUGAACAUGAAGCCUUGGCCCUUCAAUUCAAAGCGCGUCAGAAGAUGGCCGAGGUGAAGAAGAUGAGGAACUUCUACAAGAAAAACGAUGGAGACUCUCGGAGGACCAAGACUGGCAAGUGCUUUGUCUGCGACGAGCCGGGCCAUUUUGCAAAGGACUGCCCCAAGGUCAAGAUGGCUUUGGAUCGGGGCAAUCAAGUUUUGAUCACCACUGCCCAGCCGAGGGAAACAUCUCAAGGUGGUGGCAAUGAGUGGUCGCUUUUAGAGUCUUUGUGCAAGGACACCAUCCGUGCUGCAGCGUCCGAACGUGAAGUAUACAUGGUGCUGGGUCCUUUGAGUGAAGGUAGAAGGUCGGUAGAGCAUGAGGUGUCAGAUUUUUCAACAAAAGAUGUACCCUUUGAAGCAUGGUGGAACAUGAAGGAGUUAGCAAGGAAGGUCAUCUUGGACUUGGGUUGCAUGAGAAAUGUGGUGGGCGUGGAAUGGGCCAACGAUGUCAUUAAGGAAUGGCAACAACAUGACAGGUGGCUGAAGGUACUCCCCGAAGAAGAGGUUUUUCGUUUUGGAGAUGGGAACACUUUGAAAAGCAAGUUCAGAUUGCAAUUGGAAGUGAAAGGGAACAUUGGUCAAUGUCUGGACAUGCAGAAGUUGGCUUGUUUGAUGAACCUCGUGCUCGGGAAGCAUUUGGCUCCAAAGUGGAUCAAGCCCGAGGCGAUCACGAUCCCACACCGGAUGUCUUCGGUCCCCGAACUCAACCCGCAGCUAUGUCGACUGUGCCACAAGAUGGGUCACAGGACAUCGCAGUGUCCCGAGCUGAGCGACCCGGAGGAUUCCUUUUGCGAGGUGGCCCUGACUGCGGAGCUUCUGCACCAACGGGAACAAGAGGAACUAGCCCAUCUGGGCGAGCAACGUCAGAGCAGGCGAAAGGAAGCUCCUCGAGCUAUGGACAUCGAAUCCGAGACGGCCAAGGGUGCGUCCAAGGGCAGGGGCAAGACAGCAGCAGCUCGAGCCAAGGCGGCGAUGGCCCCACCGGCCGAAGGCGAUCAUGCCGACGAAGCCAAGGAGGUCCUCAGGAGCAUGGGAAGUUGCAGCAGGCUCGGAGGAGAUGCCGACGGAGAAGGUUUUGGGAGAGAUGAAGGACUUGACAUUGGACGAGAUGAGGCUGGUGAUCAAACAUCGCGAGAAGAAGGAGGAGGCAGCCGACAAGAAGAUGAGGUGGGCAGCCUUGACGGGCUGGGAAGCCCCCUAUCCCUCAUUGAGCAAUGUGUGGAGCGACGACCUGACCUUCAAUGUGAUGAGGAGCACACAGAGCCGGCUGAGGACAUAUCUAUGGAAGAAGCUUCUGUGGCAGUUGAAGGUGAAGGAGGCAGUCCGAGUGGAGUCCAAGGGGAAGGCCACAUGGAAGCGCAACACCAAGUGGCUGAACUACCUCCUGAGCUACGAGAUCGCGUCGCUAUGGGGCCACUUCGGGGCCAUGAGACAAAGGCUGAGGUCGAGCGACUUUGUGGGCCCGAGGUAUGGGGACGAGCCAACCAACAACGAGGACUGAUGCAGAAGGUCAAGUGGGGCAUUCAGCGAGCCCGUCAGAACCAUGCCAUGGUGGUCAGUCUGCCCAACUUCAAGGAGACCUACACCGUCUUGGAGAUCUUUGCGGGGCGUGCCACGAUGACACAAGUGGCCCGCAAUCGGGCAGGUUGGCGAGCCAUGGAUCCAGUGGACCUCUACUAUGGCUAUGACAUCAGGAAUGCCCACACUCGGCUGAGGAUCAUGGAGGCCAUCCGGGAGAACAAACCCGACUUGGUGACUCUCAGUCCGCGUUGCGGCCCUUGGAGUCAGUUUCAGAGGCUCAACCCGAACAUUGACCAGAUCAUGCUGGACCGCAAGGCAGACCUUCCCUUGUGGCGAUUCACCAGAGAGGUGUGGGACGAGCAGACCAAGCAUGGCAGGUUGGUGCUCACGGAGAAUCCAGCGCAGUCGGAAGCUCUCAACCUGGACUUCAUGAAGGAUCGCCCACAGCUUCAUCGAGCCAAAGUGCCACAAUGCGCUUUCGGGCUGAAGGACGUGAUCAGUGGGAAGCCGCACCAGAAGUACACAGCUCUGGAUGUGAAUGACUACUACAUGUGUGAGGGCUUGAUGCAUGGGGCGGUCUGCAACCACAAGCCGGAGGAGCACCAGGCCAUUGAAGGCAGUGUGUUCUACGAGGGCCAUUCCCAAAGGCGCUCAGCCCUGGCAGCCCGAUGGACACAGGAGUUCUGCCAUCACAUGUUGGAUGCCGCGGAAUACGCUUGGGAGAAAUGUGAAGAUGAAGCACCCCGCAAGCUGAGCGAUGGCCGACAGGUUCAUGCCCUUCAUCAUGCACUGCCGGUGGAGCCACUUCCCACUCCUGAAGGGGAGCUGCGGAGGCAGUUGGAGAAGGCUGACUGGAGAGGAGGACAAUACGACUAUGUCUUCUUCGAGGGCAACGCCAGACAGGGACCAUACAAAAUCCGCCAAGCCCUGGCUCAUCUCCAUGUAGUCUUGGGACAUCCAUCAGCGGAUAGGCUGAAAAGGAUGCUGCAAAUUGCAGGGUGCAGCUCGGUCGUUCUCAAGACAGCUGAGGGGCUUCAAUGUCAGAUUUGCCAAGCGGUGCGGCCCCCUGGAGCAGAGCCCAAGGUGUCUGGUCAGCGGCCCACGCGCUUUGGGGAAAAGGUGCUCUCUGACAGUUUCUACGUGUGGGACAUCGCGGACGAGCGCUAUAACGUCACCCACUUGUUGGACGGGCUCACGGAGUACCACGUGGGAAUUGUCAGCAAACAGCCCAGCGCCUCAGUGUCAGCAGAGCUCCUGCAGAACAGAUGGUGUGCGGUAUUUGGACCGCCAGAUGUUCUGCAGACCGAUGGCGGCAAGGAAUAUGAGGAGGUCGUCCAACGUCUUGGCAGGGCUUUGGACUUCCGCCAUGAGGUAGUGCCGCCGGGUGCAAAAUGGCGACAAGGCCAAGUGGAAAGGCAUGGUGCUGUGGUGAAGCUGAUGAUGAUGAGAACCAUCGCAGCUCAUCAGGUCAAGGGCCUGGAGGACCUCAAGCUGGUGGCAGCGGCCUGCUUUAGCGCGAAGAACCGCCUCUGCAACAAGAUGGGCAUGUCGCCGAUGCAGGCAGUGACCGGGAGGGACGUAGCAGUGCCAACUUCCAUCAUGGAUCAACUUCGCAGUGGCCAAUUGAAGCUGGCGAUGAAUGCAGCCUUGGAUGAGAAGGAAGCACUGAGGAAGGCAGAGAGGAUCAGAGCGGCCGCUGUCGAUUCCUUCAAUUGGAUUGACUCCAAUGAAGUCAUCAGAAAAGGACUUCAUGCUCGUUCCAGACCGCCCAAGCUGGAGAUGAUCUUGGAAGGCAGCACCGUGUACGUGCACCAGCCACCACCGCAUCGCCGAGGACAACCACGACGACUUCAAGACCAUGUCAGUUGGGACGGACCAGGCAUUGUGGUCUGCGUGGAGCGACAACAGAAUGUGCCCAACAGGAUCUGGGUGAGGAUCCGUGGCAAGGUCAGAAGCUUCCCCUUGGAGAAGGUGAGAAUGGCAACUCCGGAUGAGAUGCUGGGCUCACGCUUCAUUGUGAGCAUGCUGGAUCAAAUGGCGGACGAGAUCCGCAUGGGCAAACUACAGCUUGAAGAACCACGACCAGAUCCCCUACCUGCUGGACAUCGCCAACGACAAGAACGAGCCAUCAUGGAAGAGGAGGAGAAAUCAGACGAGGAGAUGCGACAGGGUGCAGCCCAAGCAGAUCCUUAUCCAAAGGCAGAUGGGGAUAGAGCGAGACAGCUCAGACGAAUGGAGCUGCUGAAUGAUGUGCCGGCAUCGGUCAGGAGUUCAUUGUCCUCGGGAUCUAGCGGUCCAGCCUUGGUGCGUCGACUGCAAUCAGAUGAAAGGAGUCAGAUGAUGCAAGAAGAUGACGAAGAGGAUGAGCUGAUGGAGACCCGAGAAGAAGGAGUUGAGCCAAGUGGUAUGCAGUUUGCGCAGAAGAAGCAGCUGUUUGAGGACUUCAGCAAGAAGAAGCAGAAGCCGUCCACCUUGAUGGAGGCCAACCUCAGAAGUGGUGCCCCGAAGGCGACCACCAGGGUGAAGAACAUCCGGAAGCUCAUCCAAAAGUCUCGACAGACGCCGGCAGUGCAGAAGGCCCGGCGUGAGAGAAUGGACAGAGAAGAGGCAGCCAGUUUGGUAUGCUUUGCUGAGGCUUGUGAGAAGGAUGACUUUGAGCAAGCAUGGGCAGUGGCUUGUCAAGAAUGGGAGAUUCAGGAGGCCUUUUGGACUCAGCCCGAGCCACGGACAUGGGCACAGUGUGAAGUCCAGGAGAAGAUCAACACCCAACAGCGAGAACAUCAACAAGCCAUUGCAGGUGCGGGCGUCCUGGACAAGACGAAGAUUGAGGAGGCAGCUGGCUUUCAGAAGGUGGUGACGGGCAAGGCACGGUUAGAAUACCAAUGGGGCCAAUUGAGCCAGGAAUGGAAGGAAGCGUUCAAGGAGCCCUUGAUCAAGGCGAUCAAGAUUUACUUCGAUCAUGACGCCAUGGAAGGAGUCUCCCGGGACAAGGUCAUUGACCCCAAGAGGAUUCUCUCUAGCCGAUUCGUCCUGACCAACAAGGGCGGUGGGAAACUGGAGACAGCCAUUUUGAAAGGGCGUCUUGUGCUGGGAGGACAUCGUGACCCAGAUGUGGGCAAGUUUCCAACAUUGGCUCCGACGGCAGCCGCCUUGGCUCACAACCUCAUCAACUUCAUCAGUGUGCAGAUGGGUUGGGUUGUGCACUAUGAGGAUGUGUCAAGCGCAUUCCUUCAAGGAAAACAUCUUCCUCGAGAGAGGGAAAUCUAUGUGCGCAUCCCCAAGGGCUACCCCGACUACAUCGAGCACUACAUCCGCAGCAAGCUGGGUGCCACCAUGAGGGAUGACCUGAUGCGUCUCACAAAGGGAGGCUUUGGUUUGCCUGAGAGCCCUCGUCUCUGGUACCUGGAGUACAAGGAGACCCUGCAACAAUGCAGCAUGCGAGAACUGGAUCUGCUGCCAGGAGUCUUUGUGGCACAUCAUCCUGACGGCAAAUUGAGGGCACUAGCCUGCAUCCAUGUGGAUGACACCAGGUACUGCGGGGAUGCUUCCAGUGAAGAAAUCUGGAAACAAGUGCAUCAAUGCCUGAACUUCGGUGAGGUUCGGAAGGCAACUGAUGGUUGGGUGAAGUUUUGCGGCCGAUGGGAGCGGCAAAACCCACAGACCUUGGAGUUUGAAUAUUCCAUGGAUGAAUACUCCAAGGGCCUACAAAAGAUGAGGACACUGGAGUCCUACCGCCUGGACCCCAAGGAGGUGAUUGAAGAUGAGAAGAUGCUGGACAAGGGAGAGAUUACGGCCGAGGAGUACACCCACGGCAAGAAGAAGCACAAGAAGAACCCAAGCGGGCUCUCCGGAGAGCAAAGGCUGGCCAUGUCCUCCAUUUUGGGGCAGCUCAACUGGAUGGCUCGACAAGGGAGGUUCGACUUGUCCUACGGUGUCUCCCACGUGCAACAGCUCAUGGCACGAGAACCUGGUGAAGCCUUGGAGUUUUUGAACAAGGUCAUCUACCGCGCACGGCAGCCGAUGACCCAGGUGAUCCGCAAGCUCAAGGCCGCAAGCAUGAAGAUUCAGAGGGUGGUGAGGUGCAGUAUGAGUGCCGAGGUCUCAAUGGCGGCAACUGCAUUCGAGCACGGCGACUUCGUAAGGGCCGCCCUCAGCGAGAUCAUUCAUGGCCGCUUCGUGCUCAAGGAUUGGAAGCUUUGGGCCAAUCGCUGGCGGCACUUCCUGGUGAUUGAUGCGAAGACGGGCUUCGAUGUGCUGACCAGCGAGAGCCAAACGAGUGAUCGGAAGAUCCAGAUCGAUUUGGCUGUGCUGAAGCAGGCGCUCCUGGAGGAUCAGAGCAAUUCAUUUGCUCGUUGGGUGCCUGGCCAUCACAUGGUGUCGGACGGCUUGACGAAGUGGUUUGGCAACAAGGCCUUGCAGCGGGCAUUGACCGAAGGAAUUUGGUCGCUGAAAGACAGCGACGAGGCGGCCGGUCUGCGACAAACUGCAGCCGACCAACGUAGGAAGCUGAAGCUCCAACGCACUG